AUGGACAUAAGCGUUGAUUUAUUUUACAAUGAUGAAAAUGUUGGUCCCAAAACUGAUGUGCUGCGCAUACGAAAAAGGCUUCGUGAUCACUCGAAUCCUUUGGAACUUCCAAGCACCAACUACUUUCGUUUAAAUAAGGAAGCAUUUGCCUUUUUGCUAAACGAGAUGGAGGAACAUUUCCAGAAACGUGUGCGAGGAACGGCUGUACCUCCCAUAUUGAAAUUAUGUGCAACUCUCAGGNUUAAUCGCAAAUAUUUUGCGUUUUACUUUUCCAAUCGCAAAAUUACGUGCUCCAAUAUUUGCAAAUCGGAAAAUUUUUGCGGUUUCAAAUCGGUUGCCGAUGAGACGGUGGAAUGA